AUGACUCACAACUCAAAAAACAAUUAAGUUGCAUUGCAUGACCAAGAAUUUCGUGAUUAAUAAUGUCGGAAAAAAAAACAUUAAAAUUAAUGCAACGAUGGAAAUACGAUGUUGUCCAAAUAAAAACAGUUGCACCGUUUCUGCAGAAAGAUCGGAACGUUGGGGGGGAAGAGAGAGAGAGAAAAUAGAGAAACUUGACCCAAUUUUAGAGAGAGAGAGUUGAGAGAAAUAAAGGAAGGCAUCAAGUUUCUAUUGUUUUCUCCACGAGGAUUUUUCAGUUGACGGAAUAAUCCGCUCCCGCGCUCUCCCGUUGCCGUUUCAUCUUCCUGAACGCUUCGCCAGUGUUCAGAUCAAAUUUGGCGACUUUUAAGCGGAGGAGCAAGCGAGAGCUUUAUUUCGACGGUCUACGGAGAUUAGCACACAUUUCUUGUUCUUGAAUUCUUGCCUCCUUAUUUCUGAAACCCUUGAAAUGUGAUGUCUAAUCUCCUAAGCAGACUAAUCCUCUAGAGAUAAUUUUACAAAGCAAGAAAGAGUAUGCGUAGUAGUGGUUAUUCUUGCCUGCACGAGCCCCCUCCGAGAUGGCUGCAGCCGUUAAUCAAGUUCAUGGAUUCAAGCCGUUAGCCUGCCCUCUGCGAUGCCAUCCUCAGUCCGUCUCUCACCUUGAUUGCAAAAUGCUCGAGUUGAGUCAAUCCAAGUUCAACUUCACUUGCAUCCACAAAAGCUCCUCCACGCCAUGCCUGUCGUAUUCUCCCAAAGUAGAAGAUGAUUUCCCAAUGACUCCGAGGAUUGAGAUCAUUGUGGGGCAUGCGCUACCCCAAGUGCACGCCCUUGUUGUUGAGGUUGCUGUGGCAAUGGCCACCGGUGUUGAUCUUGAGCGAGCUCCGAGUGGCCUUGGGGGUGCCUACUUUUUACAUGCCCGGAAUGGUGACACUAUAGCUGUUGCAAAGCCGAUUGACGAGGAGCCUCUAGCGUUGAACAAUCCCAAAGGCUUUGGUGGUCGGAUGUUAGGGCAACCGGGCAUGAAAAGUUCCAUCAGGAUCGGUGAAACAGGUGCUCGUGAAUCGGCUGCUUAUCUCCUCGACCAUGGUGGUUUCUCCGGUGUCCCUCCAACUGCAUUAGUUAAACUUUCGCAUUUCAACUUCGAUCUGCUCAAGUCGGGUUCAGAUGCAGGUUCAACUUCAAACCCGAGUUACAAGAUUGCAUCCCUCCAACGCUUCGUGAAUCACGAUUCUGACGCGGGAGACUUGGGCCCUUCUAGCUUCUCAGUCACUUGUGUGCACCACAUAGGCAUACUAGAUGUAAGGUUGAUGAAUCUCGACAGGCACGCAGGGAACCUUCUCGUGAGGCAAGAGAACGAGAGUUAUGGCCUUGGAAAAGCUGAGCUUGUCCCCAUAGAUCAUGGCUUUUGCUUGCCAGAGUGCCUUGAUAAUCCUUAUUUCGAGUGGCAGCACUGGCCUCAAGCUUCCUUACCUUUCUCAGAGGCCGAGGCUGAUUACAUCUCCAGGCUCGACCCCUUUAAAGACGCUGAGCUGAUAAGGACCCAAGUCCCAUCAAUUAGGGAGUCUUCCAUUCGGGUUCUUGUCCUCUGCACUAUAUUCUUGAAGCAAGCAGCGGCCUAUGGUUUAUGCCUUGUCGACAUAGGUGAGAUGAUGACCCGAGAAUUCCUUGGUGGGAAGGAACAUUGUAGCUCUUUGGAGAACUUAUGUGUAACUGCUAAGGCUAGCUUGAACAUGGGACUAAACGACGAUGAUGAUCACAUCCAAGAAGCUGAUGAAAUGCUCGUCCCUCGUCUUUUCAAGAACCGCCACAAAGCAGGUGGUUUGAUGAGGAGUCUGAGCUCCCCUACACCAUACAACCCCAACAGCAAAAGCAUUUCCUUCGGGGACAUGGGCAGCGAGGAGUGGCAUUCAUUCCUGGAGACGUUCCAACAGCUCCUGCCCGAGGCCUUCAAGGAGAGAACAUCCACGGGCUUGGCCAAACACAGGUUAAGAACUUCUUGUGCUUUCUAAGAAUGUAAACAACUAUAAAAAAGAGAGUGUAAAAACACCGCCGCCCCACCCUGUAAGUAGCAUCGGAUAACUGUGUAUACGGCGUACUAACACCAUAGAUGACAUUGCAAUUGCAUAAAAUGUAGAUAAAGCAAAAGUGGUAGUGUUUGUGAGGGAAAAGGGAUAGGGCAAGAUUGCCAUCCUUUCUGUUUAGAGCUUGUCUUAGCUGUUUGUUUUCUUCCUUGUUUCUGCUGUCAUUCUCGUACGAUUGAUCGCUGUGUUUAGUAUCCAAGGUUUUUCUCUUACAAAAGCCUUUGUAAUAAGUCAGUUAGAUCAAUCUUCAGACAUAGAUUGUUGCUUUGCUAUUAUUGAAGUUUGGUUUUGAUGGAGUGUGAUAUGAAUAAAAUUAGUUCAUGUUUAUCAA